UUCACAUGAACAUGGAGAAGCAUGCGAUGUCUGGUGGUGGAGAUUGUAAGAGUGGCGAAAAGUUAUACAAAGGUGCGAGGAAGAGAAAGUGGGGGAAAUGGGUUUCUGAAAUCAGACUCCCCAAUAGCCGAAAACGCAUAUGGUUAGGGUCUUAUGAUUCUCCUGAAAAAGCAGCACGAGCCUUCGAUGCUGCCCUUUUCUGUCUACGUGGUCGCCGUGCCAAUUUCAACUUCCCCAACACUCCUUGCAACAUGGACACCAAUGUGCCUCUGCCUGUGCCUGCUCUCCAAUCUCUUACUCCACACGAGAUUCAAGAGGUUGCUGCUAAGUUUGCAAACGAGGACCCAUUACUACUAAAACCUCUUGCACAAGAAUCUCAUGCUGAUGCUGCUGCUGCUGCUGCUGCUGGGAAUUCUUCAUCAUUUCGAGGGAAUUUGUGUAAAUCUGACGGCACAGUAGAGAGUAGUUCUAUUACCUGCACGCCCACCACCACUACCUUAUGUUCUACUAUGCAUGAAUGUGAUGGAUUGGUGCAGGUGGAUCAUGGGGACAUGGAUUGGACAUUUUUGAAAGAGUUUGAUUACUCCAACGAAGUUUUCCCUGUUGGAUCCGACUAUGAUCUCUACUCUGAGCUACACAAGAUGCACUCAACUUCAGGUGAGUUAUUGUAUUCCACUCCACCCCCACCUCCUUUUGAGGGUUACCAAGAAUUGACCGAAGCUGAAGAAGAUCCUUUUUCUCACCAGUCAUUCCUUUGGAAUUGGAACUUUUGAUAUCACUCUCCCUACC